GCUGUGUCCUUCAUCGUGUUCCUUGCAAUACGCGAGCAUCGGUGGCACAACCUUGUAUGUGGUGAUGUUUCUAAUGUUACACUUCCCGACCACUAUUCGCAUCUACAAGGAACAUGAGCCUCCUUUACCUGGUACAAGAACGCUCUUCUCCCUCAUUCCUAUGACAGCCAUUUAUUACAUCUCCUUCAAUUACCCAACUGUGGAGGUCUUGGUCUACAUCUAUUCCAUGUUCGCUUUUGGGUUUGCCAUGUUCCAUCUCAAUUCUCCUAUGGAAAUUCAACACGCACGCUGCACCUUGAUUUUUGGAUUACAUAUCGGUUUCUCCGGACGCCUGAUAGGUCAACUCUGUGGCACGGUCUCGUGUCCAUUGGUGCCUUCUUUUUUUUGGAUUUAUUUUCACGCCAGGCUCCUCUCUAUGAUCAAUGGCAUCUCUAUUUAG